GAAGAUGACAAAGCGUCAGUCGUGUUCAUGUUCGGAUGGUUUUUUUAAUGACUUCUUUGUGUGAGCGGAGUGUGUGAGUGUGUUUCAGCAACAAUGUCUUCAGUUCAGCAUCUGAGAGAGUUUAUCAGCGCGCGACUAACUGCUGCUGCUGAAGAAAUAUUCACAGAGUUUGAAAAAACCAUCGUCCAGUACGAAGAAGAGAUCGAUCGUCAGCGCAGACUGCUGGAUGUCACCUGGAAACCUCAGAUGAAGCUAACCAGGAUGAAGCUCCCGCAGUAUUUCCACAGGAAGGACGUUCCCUCCGACUCCGGUCUGGACCCGGACGACCCAGAACCUGCACCGGUGAAGGACGAAGAGCUUCUCUCUGACCAGCUGCUCGGCUGGGAGGAGAAGGACUUUGGUCCAGACCAGGAACCAGAAGCUGCACCGGUAAAGGAAGAGGAGGAGUUCUGUAUGAGCACAGAGGAGGAGCUGCAUGUGUUAAAGACCGAGACCUUCAUCGCGACUCCUACUGAUGACGAGAACAAGCAGCGUGACCACGGCGAACUAGAACUGAACUGUGACCAGUUUCUCUCCCAGAACCCUCCUUUAAUCGAGGCUCUAGAUAAGGACGAUGUGAAGCUUGAAGAGUCGGGGUCAGCUAGAAGUGAGGAGGUGAAGCCGGAGAGGGAAUGUAACAGCAGAAAUGUGGACAGGUCUUCCCCGUCGGAGAGUCCGUGUGGUCCCGGUACAGGGACGAAGCCUAUACUAUGUGAUGUUUGUGGAAAAGCCUUUAAGCAUCGCUGCCUACUUAAAAACCACUACAGGACGCACACAGGUGAGAGGCCAUUCUCCUGUAAAACCUGCGGAAAAAGUUUCACCCAAGCCAGAGUCCUGAAGGUCCACAUGAGAACUCACACCAACGAGAUCUUCACCUGCAGCACCUGCAGCAAAACCUUUAAAAGUGAGAACAGUCUGAAGAUUCACGAGGGAAUCCACACGGGAGAGAAGCCAUAUUCCUGUAAAAUAUGCGGAAAAGGUUUUCUUUAUAAUCACCUGACGCAGCACAUGCGGGUCCACACGGGUGAGAGGCCGUACUCCUGCAAGCUUUGCGGAAAAACCUUCUCUCUGAACGACAGUCUGAAGGGCCACAUGAGAACCCACACAGACGAAAAACCGUUCCCAUGUAAGGUCUGUGGGAAAAGAUUUAAAGGUAAAUCCACUCUGAGAAUCCACGAGGGACGUCACACGGGGAAGAAGCCGUAUUCUUGUAAAAUAUGCGGUAAAUGUUUUGCGUCUAAUGAGCUGUCCAAGCACAUGAGGAUCCACACGGGCGAGAGGCCGUACUGCUGUAAGGUUUGUGGCAAACGUUUCACUCAAAGCGGCGGCUUGAACGAGCACAUGAGGACCCACUCGGAUGAUAAACCCUUCCCAUGUGAGAUCUGUGGAAGGAGGUUCGCCCAGAAAACCCACGUGACCAGCCACAUGAGAACUCACACGGGUGAAACGCCAUAUUCCUGCGAGACCUGCGGUAAGCGUUUCAGGUACAGUAACGGCCUGACGGAGCACAUGAGGAUCCACUCGGGCCAGCGGCCCUACAUCUGCUCCAUCUGUGGGAAGAGCUUUGUUCAAAGCAGCCAGCUGAACGGUCACCUGAGGAUGCACGCCAACGAGAGGCCGCAUCCUUGCCACCUUUGUACCAAACGUUUCAGACGUAGAUAUGAUUUGAACGUCCACAUGGAAACUCACCUUUUUUCUGUGUUAGCUAGCAGCGUUAGCUUGACUUCAGAGGAGGUAAAGCUGUUAGGUUCGGUGUGUGAGUGUGUUUCAGCAACAAUGUCUUCAGUUCAGCAUCUGAGAGAGUUUAUCAGCGCGCGACUAACUGCUGCUGCUGAAGAAAUAUUCACAGAGUUUGAAAAAACCAUCGUCCAGUACGAAGAAGAGAUCGAUCGUCAGCGCAGACUGCUGGAUGUCACCUGGAAACCUCAGAAACACCUUCACGCUGCAGACCUCCCACCACAAUUCGACUGUAAGGAAGAGGAGGUUCUCGCAGACCAGCAGCUCUGUAACCAGGAGAAGAACUCCAGUCUGGACCAGGAGAAACCAGAACCUCCACAGAUUAAAGAGGAGCUGGAGGAACCUUGUACCAGCCAGGAUGGCGAGCAGCUAGCCCUGAAGGAGGAGACCGACGCCCUCAUGGUGACUGUUCACUUUGAUGGAAUGGACCUCAGCGAGGCGGAACCGAACCGAGACCAGCUCCUCUUCCAGGACUUUCCUGCAGCUGAGAAUCAAACUCAGGAAGGAGGUCAACCUGAGGAGCUGGGAUCGGCUAGAAAUACGGAGUUUUUCCACAGUUACGUUACCGACGCCGCCGUUCCAAAGACCCGGUGUAACACCGCCGCUAAAAAGUCCGUUCAGUGCGACGUUUGUGGGAAAACUUUCAAACAUAAACAUCAGAUUAAACCUCAUUACAGGAUCCACACGGGGGAGAAGCCGUACUCCUGCGAGAUCUGCGGAGCCAGUUUCGCUCAGAGUGGAAGUUUCUACGUCCACAUGAGGACUCACACGGGCGAGUACUUCCAGUGCAGCACCUGUGGGAAGAAAUUUAAAGAGCUGUCGCACCUGAAAACACACAAGAGAACGCACACAGGUGAGAAGCCGUACUCCUGCCAGAUCUGCGGGAAAAGCUUCCGACAUAGCGGCACUUUGACCGUGCACAUGAGGACGCACACGCACGAGAAGCCGUACACCUGCGAGAUGUGCGGGAAAGGGUUCAAUCAAAGCACCAACCUGUUGACACACAUGAGAACGCACACAGGCGAAAAACCGUAUUCCUGUCAGAUCUGCGGGAAAAGUUUCCGACAUCGAGGAACUUUGACCGAUCACAUGAUCACUCACACGGAUGAGAAACCCUAUUCAUGUCAUGUCUGCGGCCGGAGUUUCCGACGGAGAGGAGUUUGGACCGAACACAUGACGACUCACAGCGCUGACAACACAGCCGGAGAUGCUGGUUCCAGUUAGAGGUGGAGAUUUCAGAUUUAACACCAAUUCUUAGAACUGAUUCACGGCUUCAGAGCGGAUCUGAUCUCCUGUUUGGUUUUUAGUCCUGGACCAAGAACAGAUCUGAUCCCCAGUUCGGUUUUUGUCCUGGACCAAGAACAGAUCUGAUCCCCAGUUCGGUUUUUAGUCCUGGACCAAGAAGGGAUCUGAUCCCCAGUUCGGUUUUUAGUCCUGGACCAAGAAGGGAUCUGAUCCCUGGUUCGGUUUUUGGUUCGGCUGGACCAGCAUCAUGUUUUGUAUGAGCGGUUUUCUCCUGGACAGUCAGAUAUAAAUCCGGUAUCUGAGUCAGAACCAGAGUCUGUCCAGUUCUAAAGAGAAUAAAGGACUGGGACUGGACUGGAAAGUGGAAAAAUAAAAACUAUUUACCACUUCAGAAUAUUUUAACAAGGUCAGAGAUGAAGCCAUGAGGACUGGACCAGGUCUCUGGAUCACCACUCUGUACCAGGACUCUGGAUCGGGUCUCUGAAUCAGGACUCUUGAUCAGGACUCUGGACCGGGACUCUGGACCAAGUCUCUGGAUCUGGACUGUAUUUAUUAAAGAUGUCCAGAUGAGUUCUGAUUUUUCAGUGAAUCUAGGCCGGCGUUGGGGGUCCUGAAGGGGGUCUGGUUCAUGUCUCCGUGGUUCUGUCCAGGUUUAGUUUAAAUAACUGCGUUAAUAAUAAAAUCCUAAAAAACCCUUCAGGUUACCUCUUUGUUUUUGUAGGAGCAGAAAUGUUCUUGUGUCUGUUCAGAUAUGAACCUGACCGGGUUCUGUGGACCACCAGAUGGAUUCUACACUAAGGCUUUGUUUCAGGAGCUGGUUCUGGUUUUUUAAAAUCCAUUAAUAAGGAUUGUCAGCAGUUCCCGAAGCCGCUGGACAUUUUCUCCUCUUACCUUUUCUUUAACCUUCGGUUUAUCAGAGCCUGCGGUUCUAGUGGGUUGGACCGUCUCAGGAUGGACCAACCCAGCCCUGUGCUGGGUGGAUAACGGGUAACCUGGACUCUGGAUCGGACCUUUGAGACGGUUGUACAGUUUCUCACCCCUGUUUCUGUGGUUUCUGUCAUUAAAUCAACAAGAAAGUGCAGGUGGUGUCUUUUUUUCUGGCUGUUCAUUUGAGUCCGGGCUGAAUUCACCUGCUUGGUGGUUGGACCCGUCUGGCUCGUCCCGGCGAAGCUUCUUAGCUGAACCGACCCGACCGGCUCGUCCCGGAUGACCUUCUUACCUGAAUCGACCCGUCCGGCUCGUCCCGGCGGACCUUCUUACCUGAACCGACCCGACCGGCUCGUCCCGGCUGACCUUCUUACCUGAACCGACCCGACCGGCUUGUCCCGGAUGACCUUAUCUGAACCGACCCGUCCUGCUCGUACCAGGGGACCUUCUUACCUGAACCGACCUGUCUGGCUCGUCCCGUCGUACCUUCUUAACUGAACCGACCCGACCGGCUCGUCCCG